AUGUCUUCCUUUGCUCAACAAAUCAUGGAACCCGGUGGCGGUUUGCUGCUCAUUCCCUUUGUGCGCGUCAUCAUUGGAAUCCUUUUGGUCUUGACCCUUUCCGGAUUUCUCGCAGGGAUUGCAAGAAUUCACAUGGUCGUUCUAUCCUUCCUUAGCGCGGGUUUGUUGAUUUCCAUUUCCAUGUUUGAAAGAGAAUACAAAAAGGCCCAACGAAACCGAGGUGGUGGCGGUGGUGGUGGCCAAGCUCCCCCCUCAGGAGGAUCAUCCAACAAGGAUGAAAAGACUGAUUGA